AUGGCGCGGCGCAAGGAAGGAGGAAAGGCCCAUGAUAGCGAGAACAAUUCAGGUGGUGAUAGCGAUAGCGCACACCAUGCCAACGACUCAGCAGAAACCCCCGUUAGCUACGACCCUUCGACUUACGCGACGGACGGAGACGCUCGGCAGUAUCAGCAGUAUCAACAACAUCUCCAGUAUUAUCAGCAAAACCAGCAAUACUCACAGAUGGACUACAACCAAUACGCCAACUCGGCGGCGUACGGCGCUGGGUAUGGUUAUGGAGCUCCACCAGGCUAUCAGCAAUACGCUCAACCGCAACAGCAGUAUCAGGCAUCACCGCCACAAAUCCGCAAUCCUUUCGCUCCCCCACCGCCACCAGCGUCAACAUACGCCAGCCAAAAUGCGGAGUUCGACCCCACCUACGAACAGCAGAUAGCGCAAUGGCAAUCCGCUUAUGCACCCGCAGACCAGCAGGACCGCGGUAAGAAGGGCGGAAAGAACGACCGCGCAGACAAUGCAAACUUCGCACCCAUCGGUCAGCGGGCCGGUGCAGUAGCCGCAGAGAGUGCCGACGGGAAGAGCAAGAGCGCGGUCGAGGACAGCAAAUAUACUGUGGUCCGCAAGGGCGGUGGUGAGAGUUGGGAGGAUAAGUCGCUGCUUGAAUGGGAUCCAAAACAAUUUCGCAUCAUGGUGGGCAACCUUGCUGGGGAAGUUACCGAUGACAGUCUUGCGAAGGCUUUUGCGCAAUACGGCGUCUCCAAGGCACGAGUUGUUCGAGACAAGCGCACGACCAAAUCGAAAGGUUACGGCUUCGUCGCAUUUGAAGACCACGACCAAGGGUUCAAAGCUGCCAGGGAGAUGGUUGGCAAGUACAUUGGCAGUCACCCUGUCACCAUCCAGCGCAGUAAGACCAAUGUGCAGCCGAUCGUGAAGAAGGAUCAGCACAAGCACAAGGGCAAGAACAAGAGUAACAACCACCAGCAGAACAAGAACAAGGUCGACAAGAAGCAGCAAGAUCCAUUGCGGGCCAACACGAACGCUGGCAUCGAGAAGAAGAAUCCGAAAUACCCAAGUGGCUUGAAAUUGCUGGGUUGA